AUUGUGUGAGCCGGUUGGUGCGCGGGAGACGUUGGACGAAGGUCUUUGUGUUAGUUGGUGACGGAGUUGCUGGUGGAAGGGCCGUGCCGGUACGGCUACCGCGUUAUUGCAACUCUAGCUGAUGUUGGCAUCACCACAAUGGAGGAAUUACUAUCACUCAAGUGGAACAACCACCGAUCUACCUUCAUCCACGUGCUUGGCAUCCUCAGGGAUAAGCAACUGUACACGGAUGCGACCUUAGCGUGCGAUGGGAAGUUCUACAGUGUGCACAAACUGGUGUUAUCGACGUGUAGUGAUUACUUUAGUGCUAUGUUAGAUCGGACUAAUUGUAAAAGCCCUGUUAUAGUUCUCAAAGACAUCAAGUGUGAAGAUUUAGAAGCCUUAUUAGAUUACAUGUACCUGGGUGAAGUGAAUGUUCGCCAAAGUGAUUUAGCAACGCUCAUCAAGGCUGCCGAGUGUUUAAGAGUGAAAGGUUUAGCGGUGCCCGACGAUGAACCUCCAGCAUCAAAGAAGAGGGAGACCCAGACUAGGCGCAACGACCCCAGCAGCAGCCCUCCAGCCAAGAGGAAGAGACGCAACGACGUCGUAGAUGACGGUAGAGACGACGUUAGACCAGCGCGUGUAGACCGUAGACGGUCUUCAUCACCUGCUCGCAGUUCUUCUAGACCAAAGAGCCCUGCUAUUAGUUCAACUCCUCUUAGUCCUGUAAAUCAUCAUAGAUCAACUCCUCAGAAACAACAGUCUUCAUCAAAUAGCGACCACCACGCUGUCGAGUCUUCGCCCAAGACUAGCCAUUCUGUUGCUGGUGGUGGCGGUGGUACGGACGAUGGUGCGUUAGGUGACCCGGUGCACUCGUCUGAGUCAACCAACAACCAAGCCUACGCCAGCGACCAGGUGGAACCAUACGUCAAAGUCGAGAUGGACGAUGGCAGUGGCGCCGACCUCGAAGCCUACGAUCUCAGCAACGACGGAGCGUUCAAAGAAGAAGGCGAAGAUGGGGGAGGGUCCACGACGGGGGACGGGGGAGGGGAUCUCAGUAACGACCUCCCAGAGUUCCUGCAGCAGGCGACAGGCCCCAUGGCUGGCGGCGCAUUUGGUCACUCCUCCUUCUCUGGCUCUACGUCUUUCCAACCGGGUGACUUGGCCGGUUGGCAAGGCGACGGUUCCAACGUAGGCUUCCCUCACCUCAACUUCAGUUCUGCAGAGAGCGCUAGUCAACAAAACGCACCAGGAGGUUCUUUGGAGACAUCGCUGUAUGGCUAUUCUGACUCCCCCGUGUCGAAGCCCAAUGCUACAUCUACAUCAUCUGCGAUGGGCCAACGAUUCUCUUGCUCCUACUGCUCCAAGCAAUUUCUUUUCCCCUCACAUUUGACUCGACACCUUCGAGUUCACACUGGAGAAAGGCCUUAUUCUUGCCCGAUAUGCGACUACCGCAGCACACUGAAAGGACAUCUCAAGAGGCAUAUUGCUACCGUCCAUAAAUCAUCGUUUAAGGGUUGAUAUGAGUUAUUUUGCAGAAUUGUGUCUCCACUUCAAUCACCAUCACUUAGAAAUUUGUGCAUUUAGACUUCGUUAAUUGGGUCUUGAAGCGUUCCAGCGUUGAGUUCUAUUUCUUUAAUUUGUCGCUCUAUCACCAUCUGUCGACGUAGUCUGUGACGGUGUGCAGUCAUUAUUGUUAUAUUACAAUCGCAUUUCAUUCCUGACUGGUACAAUUACUUGGUUACAACUUUUCAAUCGAAUCUCUUGAUAUAUUAGUGCGACAUAUUCCACUUAUACAAUUGUUUGACAAUGAAAUUAACUCACCCAAAUUUGUAAAUCGUUGAGGUUAGUCAUUGAAAAUUUAGACAUAUCCGUCUAACUAUUGGAAUAAAUUCAUGUAUCCUUUUUUUUACAGUACGUUGUUCAAAACUCAUGCUUUUAUGUGUUGAUAUUGCUCGUUCAGAUAUCAGAGACUCUCAAGUACCCUGCGACUGCAAUCGGAGCAAAAAAUUCUGGCGUGGUAGUGUAUCGUUGCAGUGUUAACGUCAAGAGUUGCAUGUGGCCUUCCCUGUUGACGCGACACGUGUGGACGCGCACUGCCUUGCCACUACCAUUUGUGCUCAUAUCGAGCCAAAAUCAAUGCCCAUAUCAAGCUACAUCUCGCUCAAGUCCACGAGCAAAGAAUUAAACAAACUCAUCGUGAUAGUUGCAAAUUCAGGAUCGAAACUUGCGCUACCAACUUCGUGCACCUACAAAUAGUUUGCUACCGCUACUCUUCAUUGGUGGAAACGUGCUCCUUCUGCUUGCACCUCGUGCUGUUGUGGAUCCUAUUUCUAUGUAUACAACGAGAAAGAAUGAGAAGCAACUGGAAUGCGUUUGAAAGAUGAGCCGUAUGUAAAAACCUAUCACUUGAUUGAAAACCUAUCACUUGAUUAGGUGCAGAAAAUAGAGUGAAGAGGCAAGGGGCGAUCGAUCUGCGUAUUGAACAUUCGCAUUUACUGCUCUGCUCUGUGGAAGUAAAGAAUUUUAUUAUUGCAUUAUCUUUUCGACACGAGACAACUAAUUCCAUUAAAACUUUCGUAAUCCGAUUUUCGUCUCUGAAGAGAUAGGACGUUUCUAAGUAGAUGAAUUGCGUGAUGAAAAUUAUGAAAUUCAUGUUUCGUCAAUCAUCAUCUGAGACUGAAAUAGUACUCCAUUGUAAAGCAAGUCUUGAUAUUCUUUGUUCUUGUUUUGAAUGCACGUUUCUCUACAACACUGAGCAUUUUUUGAUGUAUUGAAUUCAUAAGCUCCUCUAAUGCCGUUCUUUUCACAUGUAUUAUCAGGUUGAUCCUAAAUUGUGAAAACGGUCGUUACGUUGCGUCAUCGUGUUGAAUACUUAGUACUACUUUGAACUCCUGUCUCCGGAAAAAAACAUUCAUAAUUGAUUUCCUUGAACGCAUCCGCCCAACGAUUUUCUCUGCUGACUAUUUUUGUUCAUCGAAAUGAAUUCUUUUUCCGUUGAAGGCUUUGUGAUGUCUACUCUGCUGAUGUUCUCCGUUCGGUACGAGGAAUUCUUAAUUCGUUGCCGGCUUUGUGAGGUUUUCUUUGCUGAUUUUCAUUGAUCGGUGCAGCAAACUGACAUGACCGUUUCUUCUGUAGGGCCACGUUGGCGCGUUCGGAACCUCACUGCAGACUUCUCGUGCGACGUCGGUGUCAACUGAUGGUAUG